UAAACUAAACUUGUCAAGGUGUAUCAAAGGUCUUUCCAUAGCCCUUAUGAUGCUACCGAUCCACCCAUCUAUUCAUCUUUAUCGCAUUUAUUGAAACUGCUGAUGUGUUCUUUUGGAUGAAUAAAAAACUGUCAGCUGAUGUUCUUGGUGUUGCGACUGCCAUUUGGGUUCUAUUCCAGCUGGUUGAGUAUCAUUUGUUGAGUCUUUUUUGUCACAUUUCGAUACUCUCUUGGAGGCCUCUUUCUGUGGUUCAAUGCUCACACAUUUAUUAACAAUUCAGUUUCCUUGCGACGGAGACGGCGUAUGUAUGCGGUGCCAGGUAAAACCUCCGUCAGAAGAGACUCUCACGUGUGGCACGUGCGUCACUCCCUGGCACGUGUCCUGUCUCCUUCCUGAAUCACUCUCUUCUUCCACUGGAGAGUGGCAGUGUCCCGAUUGCUCCGGCGAUGUCGUUUCCUCCGCCGUUCCAGUUACCGGAAACGUCGGAUUUGAAUCAUCCGGUUCAGUUCUCGUAGCAGCGAUCCGUGCGAUUCAGGCUGAUCUGACUUUGACGGAAGCUGAGAAAGCCAAAAGGAGGCAGAAGCUCAUGAGUGGUGGUGGUGACGAUCGUCUCGUUGAAGAAGACAAGAAGAAGUUAGAAAUCUUUUGUUCUAUUUGCAUUCAAUUGCCAGAAAGACCUAUCACGACACCGUGUGGGCACAACUUCUGCUUGAGAUGUUUCGAGAAAUGGGUAGGUCAAGGGAAGCUAACUUGUAUGACAUGCCGAACCAAAAUUCCCAAAAAUGUUGCGCGAAAUCCUCGCAUCAACUUAGCUCUAGUCUCUGCUAUUCGUUUAGCAAGUGUUACCAAAUGUUCUGUUGAGGCAGCUGCGGCCAAGGUUCAUCAUAUUAUCCGCAACCAAGACCGUCCUGAGAAAGCCUUUACUACCGAGCGGGCUAAAAAGACUGGGAAAGCUAAUGCUGCUAGCGGAAGGAUUUAUGUUACAAUACCUGGUGAUCAUUUUGGUCCCAUACCAGCUGAAAAUGAUCCCACUAGAAACCAAGGUGUUUUGGUUGGAGAAUCUUGGGAGGACAGGCAAGAUUGUAGGCAGUGGGGAGCUCAUUUCCCGCAUAUUGCUGGCAUUGCCGGGCAAUCAGCGGUUGGAGCUCAGUCUGUGGCGCUCUCUGGAGGUUAUGAUGAUGAUGAGGAUCAUGGUGAAUGGUUUCUCUACACAGGAAGUGGUGGAAGGGAUCUCGGAGGAAACAAAAGAACUAACAAGAUACAGUCUUCUGACCAGUCGUUUGCAAAAAUGAAUGAAGCUCUAAGACUUAGUUGCAAAAUGGGCUAUCCUGUCCGAGUUGUCAGGUCUCACAAGGAGAAGCGUUCUGCAUAUGCCCCUAAGGAAGGAGUGAGAUACGAUGGGGUCUACCGAAUCGAGAAGUGCUGGAGCAACGUUGGAAUACAGGGUUCUUAUAAGGUCUGUCGUUACCUAUUUGUUAGAUGUGACAAUGAGCCAGCUCCAUGGACCAGUGAUGAGCAUGGCGAUCGUCCAAGACCUUUGCCUAAUAUUCCAGAGCUUAAGAAAGCUACUGACCUGUUUGUGAGAAAGGAGAGUCCGUCAUGGGAUUUCGAUGAAGCUGAGGGUCGUUGGAAAUGGAUGAAGUCUCCACCUGUUAGCAGAAAGGCUGUUGCUGCUUUGGAUCCUGAGGAGAGGAAGAUCAUUAGGAAAGCAAAAAACGGAAAUAACAGACUUCUCAAAGGUAAACAUCGAUUACCACUUGUGUUAUUAUUGUAUCUAGCACAAUACAUAACUGUGAUUUGGGUUAUAUUUGACACAGAAUUCGGUUGCCAAAUCUGUCGGAAAGUGCUGAGUUUUCCAGUGACGACGCCUUGUGCUCACAACUUCUGCAAAGCAUGCCUGGAAGCUAAAUUUGCUGGGGUCUCUCAAGUGAGAGAGAGAAGCAGAGGCGGGCGCACACUACGUGCAAAGAAGAACAUAAUGACCUGUCCGUGCUGCACUACCGACCUCUCCGACUUUCUUCAAAACCCGCAGGUGAAUAGAGAAAUGAUGGAAGUUAUCGAAAAUCUGAAGAAGAAAGAGGAAGAGGCUGAAUCAAGCAAAGACACUGCAGAGUCUUCUGGAGGAAACAACGGUGAGUCUGAAGAAGAAGAAGGAACUCAGACUGUGUCUGAAGUUGAACCACCAGCGAAGAGGAUCAAAUUGGUUGAUACAGUUGCAGCAGCAGCCACUGACUGUGUUGGAAAGUAAACAGAAGACUUUUUUAUGCAAUCUUUUAAGAGAUAAAGAGUAUAAAAACUCUCUCAAGCUGAUGGACUUCUGUAGUCUUUUUGUACUAUUCCGCAUGCUUUGAAACUUAUUGUUUUAGUCUUUAUUCUAAAACUUAUUUCAAAUUUCUCGUAUCUUUUUUUUUUUU